ACGACCCCCAUUUUCGUUCUAACCCUUUCCUCCUCUCAGCCCUUAACACCCAACUGACCACCUGCGGCGGCCACGACCUACGGCGACCGGCGACCGGCGACGGCGGUGAACUUAAUCUACGGAGGCCAGCGUAGACUUUGCAGCAGGUCCAGUAGUAACCUCUAAGGUCUUAGUCUACUCUAUUUAUCAACGACUUGCAGCGGCGGCCGGCGAUUUUGCAGCGGCGGGCGGGGUUUCUAACAUGCUGCGGCAGUAACAGUUGCAGCGGCACUUGGAGCUCGGAAGCGGAAGUAAUAGUUGCAGCGGCAAUCACCUGCGACCAAGCCCGAGCCCACCGGCGGCGAUUUUUGUGAGUUUAACACCGUCACACCACCAUUACCGGCAGUGAAAUCGUGAAGGACCUGAAGGUUACAACAUUCAGAUAUUCAGAAAAGCCGAAAAGCAGCUCCUGGUGGUAGCCUUUCUUAUUAACUCAAUCUGAUCAAGUCUUUGAUAUACAGACUAGAAAACAGAGAAUUGGGGCCUUUUCUUCUUAACCGUUGUCUCUGAAAGAACCCUGCCGUCACACUCUCAACUGCUUUGAAUGGGGAAGAAGAAGAAGGUAAUCCUCCCGCCUCAGCUCCCUCCAGAGUUAAAAGAAGAUGAGAUUGAAGUCUCCGAUGAGGAUGUGCAAUUUGUGAAGGAGAAUCGAGAGUAUGCUGGAUUUGUUUCAAAGCUAGAUACUCAGUCGAUUACAAGGCAUGUGACUCGUGUUGCUAAUAAAAAAGAGGAAGAAAUAGAAGCAUUGUAUGAGAAGCGGAUUAGAAAGAAUAGGUCUCUAGAGAAAGAAAAUGAGGAAGAUGGAGUUCAAGUUGAUCCUGUGGAUGCUCUUCCUGUUAAGACCUUAGAUGGCAAGCUUUAUUAUAGAACAAUGGCAAAGGAAUCCAGGAAACCUGAAGAUGCACCCAAGGAAGAUGACAAUGAAAAUGCAAUGAGUAAUGAAGAUAACAAGGCUGCUAAAAGCAUAGUGAAGCUCACAAAAGCAGAAAGGAGGGCGAAGCUGAAGAAAAGUAAGAAAGAGGCAAAAAAGCAAGAGAAAGAACUAACCAAAACAGAGGAACUGCAAACAAAUCCACAAGCUGAAGUGUUGGCUGAGGUGAAGGAAGAGAUUUCAGCUGAAGAAGCAUUUGCGAUGAAAAAGUGUAAACUUGCAGAGCUGGGAAUGGCUCUACUCGCUGAUCCAGAGUCAAAUAUUAAAUUCUUAAAGGAGAUGUUGCAGAUUUCUAAAGAUGAAGAUCAUAAUAUUGUCAAACUUGGGCUGCUAUCCCUGUUGGCUGUUUUCAAAGAUAUUAUUCCUGGCUAUCGUAUCAGACUUCCCACUGAAAAAGAGCAGGAGAUGACUGUUUCUAAGGCUGUAAGGAAAACGCGGUACUAUGAAUCCACACUUCUGUCCUCAUACAAGGCAUACCUGCAGAAGCUGAUAGCUUUAGAAAAGCAGCCAUCUUUCCAACAUGUUGCUGUUCGUUGUAUCUGUGCUCUACUAGAUGCAGUUCCCCACUUCAACUUCAGUGAUAAUCUGUUAGUUGCUGUCGUAAAGAAUAUAAGUUCCUUCGAUGAUGUCAUAAGAAAACUCUGUUGUGCAACCGUGAAAUCACUUUUUGCCAAUGAGGGAAAGCAUGGUGGUGAAGCUACUGGUCAUGCUGUUCACUUGAUAGCGGAUCAUGUGAAGGUUCAUGAUUGUCAGCUGCAUCCUGAUUCUAUUGAGGUUUUCUUGUCCUUGACUUUUGCUGAGGAUCUUGGGAGGUCUGAACUGUCAAAAGAUGCUGGUGAUGUCAAAGGCAAGAAAAAUAAGAGAAAGAAAAAUGCUGAAGAGCUAAAGAAUAUGCAAGUCAGUGACAGAAAGAAGAGUAGACAGGAAUUGCUGGCAAAGACAAGGGCAGAGGUCCAUGCCGAUCUGAAGGCUGUUUCCUUUGCUCCAGACAUUGAAGAAAGAAGAAGGAUGCAGUCAGAGACGCUUUCUGCUGUAUUUCAAACAUAUUUUCGCAUCUUAAAGCAUACCUUGCAACCAACUUCCAUCAGGUCUAAAGUGAAUGCCAGUUCUGUACCUGGUGGAUUUGGGGCACACCCAUUACUUGCUCCUUGUCUGGAUGGAUUGGGGAAGUUCUCUCAUCUGAUUGACUUAGAUUUUAUGGGUGAUCUUAUGAAUUGCCUCAAAAAGCUUGCCUGUGGUGGUAGCAGCUCUGAUGAUUCCCCAGAAAACUGUUUGACUGUUUCUGAACGCCUUAGAUGCUGCAUUGUUGCAUUCAAAGUAAUGAGGAGUAACCUUGAUGCUUUGAAUGUUGAUUUAAAUGAGUUCUAUGUCCAGCUCUACAAUCUGCUACUUGAGUACAGACCCAACAGAGCUGAUCAGGGUGAAGUGUUGGCUGAAGCUCUAAAGACAUUGUUGUGUGAAGGAAGACAACAUGACAUGCAAAGAGCAGCUGCCUUCAUAAAGCGCUUAUGUACUUUCUCCUUAUGCUUUGGAUCUGCAGAGGCCAUGGCUGCCUUAGUCACGUUGAGGCAUCUACUUCAAAAGAAUGUCAAGUGCCGGAAUCUGUUAGAAAAUGAUGUUGGUGGUGGCUCGCUUUCAGGAUUGGUUGCGAAAUACCAGCCUUACGCCAUGGAUCCAAACCUAAGUGGUGCACUAGCUUCGGUACUUUGGGAACUGAGCCUACUGUCUAAGCAUUAUCAUCCUUCAGUUUCCACGUUGGCUUCAAGCAUUUCAAACAUGGGGACUGGUCACAGUCAGGCUUAUCUCUCCACUGUUUACCCUCAACAAGCUUUUGCAGAUUUAUUAAUUGAAAAGGAAUCAUUCGACAUCAAGAAAAACCUCGGUACAUUGAGCCGGAAGAUGAAAAGUUUAAGGAGGUCCUCUAAAUCAAGCUGUGAUACGUGCAUCGAAUAUAAUACGAAACUGGAAACGGAUGAUGAAAUCAAACAAAAACUGUCCAAUCAUUUCAUAGUGCUCAAGGGUAUUGCUGAGAAUGAGAGAUUGAGGAAAGAGUUGAAUCGUACAGUGUCAUCCUUAAAGCUGUAUGAAGAAUAUAAGAAGCAAAAGAGGAAAACGCAAGGUGAUCAUUCCAAGGCAAGGAAAAAGAAACGUUUAUCCAGUGUUUAACAUUUCCAGAACAAGGUUUUGGAAGUUCAAUUGUAAUUCGUGCAUUUUUAGAAAAUUUUCUAUAUAAAUUUUGACCUAAACUUUCUUGAGUUCCA